AAUGGCAUCUUAAAUCUAUGAACAAUUAGUAGCAGCAUAUACAAAUACAGAUAAUUAAGUAAGAAAUCAAGCAGAGAAAUCUUUAGUAAAUUCUAUGUAGGAAAACUAUUAGAAUUUUUAGUUUAUAGCUUAAUUAGCAGAAAAAUAAGAUUAAAGUACUUAUUUAUUAUUUAAUUAUAGUGUAGGAAUAAGCUGCCAAUUUAUUGAAUUCAGUUGUAAUGAAAAUAUUAAAUACAAAUCCAAGUAUUAAAAAAUAAUUGAUUUUAAUUAGAUUAAUUAACAAUAUAACAUGCUGAAUCACUUAUAUCUGUAUUAACAUCAUAAAACACUCCAUUAAAAUAUAAAUAAUCUCUUAUUUAAUCAUUAAGUUAAAUUUCUAGAAAAAAUAAAAGUAUUAUUCCAAAAAUAAUUUAGAUGUAAAAAUUGAAAUUGAAAGAAAGAUGAAAGAAUAUUUAUAAGGAGAAUAAUAAUGGUAAAUAUAAACUGGAAUAUUAUUCUUUAAAAUUUUAGCAGAUUCUGUUGAACUUUAAAAUUUUUCAAAUUAUGGUAAUGUUAUUACAACUAGUUAUGAAUGGAUAACAGAAUAUUUUAAUUAAUUUGUUUAAAUUAUGGCAGUUUUAUAAGAUUAACCAAAAGAUUUAUCAGAUGAAUUUAAAAAUACUAUGAAAUAUUUUGCAUAAUCAAUCUAAGAUUUAUGUGACAAAAUAUAAUAAUAAUCUAAUAUUUCAAGAGAAUAAAUAUUACCAAUUUUAAAUAUUCUAUUCUCAUUAAAUUCAUUUUCUGGAUCAUUAAUUUUAUUAUUAUAAUAUUCACCAUAAAUUGGAAAAUAAAUGUAAAAUUCUAUUAUAAUGAAUACUGGUAUAUAGAUAUUUGAUGAUAAAAUGAAUGAAAUUAAAAGUUAUAUACUAAAAUCUUAUAUGAUAAUAUUUUAAAUAUUACUUAAUACACGUAAUAAAUCAGAAGUUAAAAAAGGACCAUUUGGUCCGUAUCUUAAUCCAAUCACUCAACUUUUACUAUAUUCCAUACUUACUUAUACAAAUAGUGAAACAACAAAUGUGAUUUUAAAGUAAUUCUAAAACAAUAUAAUUAUAGUAAACCAUUUCUAAGAAAUAUAAUAACAUACAUCCUUAAAUUGUUAGCAAAUCUUGGAUCAUAAACAGAAUAAUAUCAAAUAUUCUCAGAUUCUAAAGUCCCUUUAAUAACAGAUGUUAUUUAUCCAUAUUUAAUAACAUCUUAAUAAGAAUAUUAAAAAAUGAAUGAAGAACCAGAAGAAUUUGUAAAUUUGGCACUUGAUACUGUUGAUAAAUAAGAAUCUGAUAUUCCUAAAACAGCAGCAGCAUAAUUAUUAGAAACUUUAUGUGAUCAUAUUGAUGGAUCUACAACAUUCUUAGCUAAUUUAGCUGUUAUUAUAACAUAAAAUGCAAUUAAUAAUUUAUCAUCUAAACCUGUUUCACUUAAUGAAUAAUAAUAAACAUUCAUUUAAGCAAUAUCAGAUAAGUAAAAUUAUUGAAAUAAUGUAUUUAGAAAAUUAUUUACUGAAUAUAAUGCUGUUGAUAGAAUUGAAAGUAGUUUAAUUGUAUUAACAAUAAUGAGUUAUUUAAUUUAAAAGAGAUUUGAUAUAGUUAGUAUGAUGGAAUAAUUAUUAACUGAAAAUUUAAUAUUUUUCUAAAAUAUUCAACAUCAAAUAAUAAAAGUUAGAUUUUCAUUAUUUUUUGGUUACUAUUGUGAUAAUCUAUUCAAAAAAGAUAUAUAAUCAUAAAGUAUGUUAAUGUAUUUAUCAAUUUUAAUUAAUUUUGUUUAACCAAAAGAACCAGUUGUAUUAUAUUAAUCAAUAGAUGCAUUAAAAGAUGUAUUUGAAGAUGAUGAAUUAAAAACAAAAACAAAAGGAUUAGUUACUGUUGUAUUUCCUUCAUUAUGUAAUGGUUUAACAUUUAGUAUUUAUGAAAGACAUUUUGAAAUGAUAAUAAAUCUUUUAAAAAGAUAUCCAUAAGUAUUUUAAUAAAAUGAAAAUUUAUUAAUUGGAUUAAUGUAAAUUUUAGUUUAAAGAAUAAUUUAAGAAUAAGAAUUAAUUAAUAAUGGAGAUUCUUAAAGACAUAUAUAUUUAAAUAGAUGUUGGAAUAUUAUUAGAUCAUUAGCAGAUUAAAAUGAAUAUACAAAUUUAUUAGUAACAUUAGAAUAAAGCAUUACUUAAUUAUAUUAAAUGUUAGCAAUUUGUUAAAAAAUAGAUUUUGAUGAAGAUUUGAUUUUAUUCAUCUCUUUAUGUAUAUAAAAAUUAUCAUCUGUAACAGCUUUAUAAAUGUAAGUAUUACCUCAUUUUAUGAAUGUUAUUUAAAAAUAAAAUUGUAGAUUAGGAAAUUUAUAUGAAACACUUAAUUAUUAUAUUCAUUAUGGUAGAAAUCAUUUUAUUGAUGAAUAAUAUUAAUAAAUAUUUUUCAAUUUAGCAUUUUAACAUUUACAAUCUGAUCAAUCUUUUGAAGAUAUAGAAUAAGCUGAAGGAGCAUUACUUAUUUAAUUAGGAAUCUAAGAACUUAAUUAAGAUUUAAAGAAAAAUAUUUUAGAAUAAAUUUUAAAUUAAACUGUUACUAUGAUAUCUAAAAAAGAACUUACAGGUCUAUUAAGAUCAAGAAUAACUGGAAUUAUAUUAAGUGCACUUUAUUCUGUUCCUGAAUUAACUUGUGAAAUAUUAUCAGGAAUGUUUUUAGCUGUCUAUAAUUAAGUACUUGAUACUUAAUAUUCACCUGGUUAUGAUAUUAAAUUGUUUGUAAUUACAAUGUCAUCUUUAAUUAAUAAAUAACAUAAUUUAUUAACACCUAAAUUAAUUACAACUAUUGUUAAUAAUUUAUUUUAAUAAGAAAAAUUUGAAAAAGAGACUGAAUUAAAAAAAUUGAAUAGGUUAUUUUAUAUAUUUUAAUAUUAGUUCUUUUGAUGGAGAAGAUUUUGAUGAAGAAGAUGAUGAUGAUGAAGACUUUAAUGAUUAAGAUGAUAUUAGUGAAGCUUAAUAAUAAAUAGAAUAAUUCUUAAGUCCUAUUGUCAAAGUUGAUGAAUAUUCAGUAUUUAAAAAUACUCUAUUUACAAUUAAAUAAUAGUAAUAUAUUUUUAAGUAUUAGAUAUGUUACUGGUAUUGAACAACUUAAAAAAGAAUUAGAUAAUUAAAUUGUUGCUAAACUUAAUGAGUUAAUGUCUUUUGUUAGAAUAAGUACAAAUGAUGGUAUUCAACCUACAAGAAAAGUAAAUCUUAUUUUUUAUCAUUUAGCUUAUUAAAGCAUAAAGAAGAAAGAAGAAUAAUUGA